AGCAGAAGAGUGGAGUACGAUCGAACCGCGGCGUCUCUUCCCUCUUCCCCGGAUCCUUCUAAAACUCCCUCCCAAACCUCUUCCCCUUCUUCCCUUGCACCCUUUACCCACCCCCUUGCACACACGACUACAGACAGUUUGGGUAUUUAUCCAGUGACCAAAGAUUACUCCUGUGUGUUAAAUCCAGCAGCAGCAGCAAUGGACUCAAGUAUGGUUGAAGGAGGACUUAAUGUCACCUUAACCAUCAGAUUACUCAUGCAUGGAAAGGAGGUUGGUAGCAUAAUUGGCAAGAAAGGAGAGUCUGUCAAGAAAAUGAGAGAGGAGAGUGGCGCUCGCAUCAACAUCUCCGAGGGGAACUGUCCAGAGAGGAUUAUAACCCUUGCAGGACCGACCACGUCUAUUUUCAAGGCUUUUUCCAUGAUCAUUGAGAAACUAGAAGAGGACAUCAGUACCUCAAUGACUAAUAGUACAGCCACCAGCAAACCGCCUGUCACCAUGCGCCUUGUCGUGCCUGCCAGCCAGUGCGGCUCGCUCAUCGGCAAAGGGGGAUGCAAGAUCAAGGAAAUUAGAGAGUCUGCAGGAGCUCAGGUACAAGUAGCAGGGGACAUGUUGCCCAACUCAACAGAGCGUGCUAUCACUGUUGCAGGGACCCCGCAGUCCAUCAUUGAGUGUGUCAAGCAGAUAUGUGUUGUCAUGCUUGAGUCUCCUCCAAAGGGAGUGACCAUCCCGUAUCGACCCAAACCCUCAGGCUCACCUGUUAUUUUUGCAGGUGGUCAGGCAUACGCUGUCCAAGGACAGCACGCCAUUCCUCAGCCUGAUGUAAGUGAAGGGCCCUCUCUCACCAAACUUCACCAGCUGGCCAUGCAGCAGAGCCCCUUCCCUAUUGCACACAGCAACCAGGGCUUCCAGGCUGGGAUGGAUGCCUCUGCACAAACUGGCUCUCAUGAGCUCACCAUUCCAAACGAUCUCAUCGGCUGUAUCAUUGGCCGUCAGGGGGCAAAAAUCAACGAGAUCCGCCAGAUGUCAGGCGCUCAGAUCAAGAUUGCGAAUCCUGUGGAGGGUUCCACUGACAGACAGGUCACCAUUACUGGCUCCCAUGCCAGCAUCAGCCUUGCUGAGUACCUUAUCAAUGCUCGGCUCUCUUCUGAAGCCACUGGACUUGCAGCCAACUGACAUGGAGGAUCUUCAUCAGCAUCUAAAGUUGCCCUUCCCAAACUUUUUUACCAAGAGGACCCUUAUUGAACUUCAUGCAAAAAUACUAUGAACUCACUUUCCUCUGCUUUGGGUUGUACAGCAUCAUGAUGAUAAUGAUAUUUAUUAAGUUUUAAAAUUCCCAUCACAUUAUGGUUUUUAAAGACUUUUGUUCAUCUGCUGUAUAUCUGUAUGAUGUUGAUAAAGGUAAAAAAAUGUUUUAGAAAAAUCUGAAAAAGCAUAAAUAAUGUUUUUCUUAUGUCAGAUUUUUCUUAGAAAAUGUAAAAAUGAAGAAAAAAAACUAACUCAAAAUUAUAAAUGGACUGUUCCCUUCCUUUUUUUAAAUAUCUAUUUAUUUUUAUUUAAGACACAGCUCCUUGUAAGAAGAGAAUUUAGUGAUUAUAUUAGGAGCUGUGCCUCCUGAGCGAUGCAUUGUGGCUUUGACAGGUUUUAAAAAGGGUCUAAGUGGCCUCAGUUGAAGUUCUACGCUAGACGGUAAUUUUCCAUUGUAUCAAAUUGAAUCUACAUUUUGUGUCAUCAAAUUUUGAGUAAUUGUGUCAUUCCUGUUUUUCCGACAGUUUAAUUUCUUGAUCAGAAGUUUUGCCUAUUGUUUUGUAUUGCAUUCUAAUGUGGGCAUAGUUGCCAGCAGUGGGUUUGAGUAAGAGGAAAAUAUUUUUUUUUUCACUGAAAUGACUAAAGACCAUAGUAAUGGUGAUUAUAACAUUGAAAUGUUUUAAAUAUAGAAAAUUAUUUUUUUUUAUCUGCUAGGCUGGGGGAAUGCUGCAAGACAAGACGUGUUUGUCUUUAAAAAGUAUAUUAUGCUGAGGUAUUAAAUUAUGAUAAACUAGAAGGACAAGAAUUCUAGAAUUAACACUAGUUUCUUGCUAUCUGUUUUUGCCUGGGUCAGAUUUAAUUUUUUUAUUCUUUGCAGGAAGAAGAAACUCACUUUUUGUGCACGUUUUUAAACUAUAGUAGAUUUGGGUGCAAUGAAAUUGUUGAAGACAUAAAAAUACAGAAAUAAAAAAAUGUGAAAUG